ACCAGACAGAGGGAAUCUGUCUUAGUUUCUAAAAGGAUGAAAACACCCAGUUAUCCACAAAUCCUUGAAUUCCAACCUCCAAGGAGAGGACACAGAACAAUACGGAGGGGCCCUGAGCCAACGUCCUGGGGCUGUAAGUUAGUCAUGAGAACGACAUUGAAGCUUUAGGACGAAGCUCGAUAGAUUUGAUGUGGAAGAGAGAGGUGGCAUUAGUGUUUGUAUCCAGUCUUGGAUUUCAUAGAGUUAAUUACAAGGGAUCUUCUGGAGGAGGUCUGGCUUUGGGGCAGGGCAGCUGUCCUACCGAUGGUGACCACCAGGGGGAGCAGCUGGCCUGGUGCUGGCCUGGUGGUGCUUUGGUGAGUGGGUGGACCACACCCUCCAAGAGAAGGGGCUGGCCAGGAACAGCUAGGAUAUCCCCCAUCCCCCAGUGGCUUCUCCUCUUAGCCCUCCCAUCUGCAGUCUGCAGAGCCAUCUGGUCUCCACCCUGGGGACAUCCUUCCCACUCUCCCCAACUGGGGUUGAGUGGGGACUCUGAUGAGGGGGUUGGUUGGAAGUGCCUAGGGUGGCAGCCUUGGCAGCCCCGCCCCCUCAAAGGCCAUUCAAUUCUUUUCCUGGGCCUUUUCUUCUGAUGGCCUCUGACCUCCUCCUUCCUACCCUUCUGCUAGGCACAUCCCAGGCCACAGCAAGUGAGAUCAGUGUGGGAGGACACCCAGAAAGUACUGGAAACUUGAAACAGGGAAGGGAAGUGAGAGUUAGGACAGUCAGACAGACAGACCAUCACACACACACACACACACACACACACACACCCCAGAGACCUAAAGGUCAAACCAGAGAGACAAAGACAGAAAGGCAGAGAUCACAGAGGAUGGGAAAUAGAAUAAUAGAAAGAUAGGGAGAGAAAGAUAUUGAUAGAAAAUCGCACACUCCAGAUACAGGAAGAGAGGCACAGGCUGGAGGAGGGAACAAGGCCAGCCAGCCACAGGACAGCCUGGUCAGUAGCAAGAUCGAGAGGCAUCCCACGGAGAUGUAGUGAUUUGGGUCUGGCAGUGUGGGGACAGAGGGAGCCUGGGCUGGGGCAGGGGCAUGGGAGGGGCGGGCAUCUUGUUGUUCCUGUUGGCUUGGGCUGGGGCAGGAGUGGCCUGGAGUCCCCCCAAAGGAAAGUGCCCUCCACACUGCUCCUGCUCCAAGGAGAACACCCUGUGUGAGGGCUCCCCCGAGCUGCCUGAGAGCUUCUCCACCACGCUCCUGUCACUCUCUCUCGUCAGGAUGGGGGUCUCCCGGCUGAAGGCUGGCAGCUUCUUAAAGAUGCCGUCAUUGCACCUGCUCCUCUUCACAUCCAAUACCUUCUCUGUAAUUGAGGGUGAUGCCUUCAUCGGCCUGUCCUACCUGCAGUACCUCUUCAUUGAGGACAACAAGAUUGGCUCCAUCUCCAAGAACGCCCUGAGGGGACUUCGCUCACUCACCCACCUAAGCCUGGCCAACAACCACCUCGAGGCUCUACCCAGAUUCCUGUUCCGAGGCUUGGAGACUCUGACUCAUGUGGACCUCCGUGGUAACCCGUUCCAGUGCGACUGCAGAGUACUUUGGUUGCUACAGUGGAUGCCUACGGUGAAUGCCAGUGUGGGCACAGGGGCCUGUGCGGGUCCCCCUGCCGUUGCUCAGAUACAACUGAAUCACCUUGACCCUAAGAAGUUCAAGUGUAGAGCCACAGAGACAGUGUUUCACUAUGAAGUUCAAGCUGGCCUCAACACUUGCAGCAAUCCUCUGGGGGAACCUCACAUGGUCCUGGCCCAGCCCUUCGCUGGCCGUUGCCUGAUCCUGGUGUGGGACUACAGCCUGCAACGCUUCAGGCCUGAGGAGGAGCUGUCUGCGCCCUCAGUGGUGUCCUGCAAGCCUCUGGUGCUGGGCCCACGCCUCUUCAUACUGGCUGCCCGCCUGUGGGGAGGCUCACAGCUGUGGUCGCGGUCCAGCCCCGACCUGCGUCUGACCCCCGUGCAGGUCCUAGCCCCUCAACGGCUGCUGCGACCCAAUGAUGCCGAGCUCCUCUGGCUGGAUGGGCAGCCCUGCUUCGUGGUGGCUGAUGCCUCCAAGGCUGGCAGCACCACGCUGCUGUGUCGUGAUGGGCCGGGCUUCUACCCACGCCAGAGCCUGCACGCCUGGCACCGCGAUACCGAUGCGGAGGCCCUGGAGCUGGAUGGCCGACCGCAUCUGCUGCUUGCUUCAGCCUCCCAGAGGCCUGUGCUCUUUCACUGGGUUGGUGGCCGCUUCGAGAGGCGCACGGACAUCCCAGAGGCAGAGGACGUCUAUGCCACAAAACACUUUCAGGCUGGAGGAGAUGUGUUCCUGUGCCUGACGCGAUACAUUGGGGACUCCAUGGUCAUGCGCUGGGACGGCUCCAUGUUCCGACUGUUACAGCAACUUCCAUCCCGAGGGUCCCAUGUCUUCCAGCCACUACUAAUUGCCAGAGACCAGUUGGCUAUCCUGGGCAGCGACUUCGCCUUCAGCCAAGUCUUCCGCUUUGAGUCCGAUAAAGGGAUCCUGGAGCCACUACAGGAGUUGGGCCCACCGGCCUUGGUGGCCCCUCGAGCCUUUGCCCAAGUCACCGUAGCAGGAAGACGCUUUCUAUUCGCAGCGUGCUUCAAGGGCCCCACGCAGAUCUACCAGCACCAUGAAUUGGAUCUCAGUGCCUGAAGCUGGGAAAGACCCUGGAAGUGGCUGUGGGGUAUUCUGGGAUAUCUGGGUAACCUCUCCAGCCUGGCCUUCUGGCUGUCACAGCCAGUCCUGUGUGAUACAGACCACUAGCCAAGUGCAUCAGCCUGGGUUAGGCUUAGCCCACCUUUUGGAAGAUCUGUACCUUAGGGGCAAGUGGGUGGUGGCUUUAUUCCCAGCUAUGUUUAGGGCCCCUCCAGUCUGAAGCCACAUUUUGGCUGAGGACAGAUACUCCCAUAGACAACGUCUUGGGUGUUGAGGCUGGUACACAGCUUGGAGCUGGGGUACAGAAACCAAAAGGGCAAACUGCUGAGCUCCAAGGUGUCUGGACACCCCACCCUCAACGUCCCUUGGUCCUGUUGCAUAUAAAGUACCGAGAGAGAGCAUUCCUUUCCACUUAAACCCAAUCUGGCCAUUGGCUAUCGUGGAGGAAUACGGGUCUCUGUGAUGUCACAGUUGCUGGGCAGUUUCUUGGCCCGGUACUUAGCUGCCUGUGCGCAUGUCUGCUUCCAAAGGCUGAAUGCUUUUACGCGUGCGCAGUAAAAGUGAAGCAGGAAAGAGGAGUCUGGAGGCGUCACAGAGAUCACUGGGUACCCCUUUCCAGAAUGUGACGGGGGCAAGAACAGAAUGUACGAGGUUAAUCAAUGCCCUGCGCACACAACCUGCCCGCUCUGUGGGCUCAAGGCAGGAGCUUCUUGUUGAGUGGCAGGUGAUGACUCUGGAUGGGAUCCUGGAUAGGAAUUUUGUUUUGAAAGGUUUAAAGCAUUUUCUAGGGUGGCACAUGGGCAUCAUUCUGGAGGCCCUGAUGGAUACAAAGGAGUCUCAAGAGAGCUAGGGGGUCACUGGAGGGUCUCACGCUGUGUGGCCACUGUAGAGUAUCAGUGGUGUCCUGGGAAAUUACAGGUCUUACAGGGACAGCGGGUGAAUGGAAAGGUCUGGUGAUAAAGUGGGGGCCGCUCAACAUAAACAAGGAGACCAGUGCAGGGGUGGGGGUGCAGCUAAAGUAUCUGGAUGGCCCCAACAUGGUGUGAUGACCCUAUUAUAUAGUUAUUCUCAGUGUCACCCAGUGUACCCACACUGCAUGCUAUUAGGGCUCCUUUUCACUCCCAGAAGUGUCCCUAGUUUGCCACUAGAACUUAAGUGGCACAGAAGGCUGCCCAUGGAGGGAAGGGGCAAAUCCCAUGCCCACCAUAGGGCAUGAUGUGCAGGUCUAAGCGAGAUUCAGCCACCAGCUCCUGCAUGCCAGUGCCUGCCCCAGCAUCUGCCCACCUCCCUGCCGCCCGCAGCCUCACUCCAAGCUCCACACAGAGUCUCUGGCACCUGAGCAUGAUGUGAAAUCAUUUUAUAUUAAAAACUGAACAAAGAGCCUGCUACCACGAGGGGUGAGAUGAGGCUCGGGGAAGGCAGUGUCAGGAGGGGAGGAGAACAGCCAGCUCGGAGUUCAAGCCCACCUUCAGAGCCAGGACCUGUGCUCUUUUAACUGGUCCAUCUUCAGCAGUUGUGAGCUGAGCCUGAUAGAGGGAAUGGGGUCAGUUUGCAAGAAUCUCCCCGUUCCUUCUCUCUGAUGCAGGCACGCACCCACCUGGCUUCCACUCGUGACUGUUACCCCCGAGUGCACCCCCAACCAUCCUAAGUGUCAUACCUGGUGUGAUGAGAGGUGGCCCUUCUCCUGGGCGGUGACUAAGGAAAUAAAUGAGAUAAUGUCCGAAUAAA